AGUAGCACAUUUAUGAUAUAAAGAGUAACGACGUCGUUUAGAUGACAAGUAACUGGGGAUUUUGUCUUUCUGAACCAGGCGAUAUCAUAUCACCAUCAUAUCUGGCCAGCAACGGCCAAAUAGUCUUUUACGACGGCGGUAAUCAACAUUAUAAAAUGACCACAAAACUGACCGUUGGGUCGAUUUUCGACGCUCCAGUUUUGAAGAGAGAGUUUCAAGAAGCAAACAUCAGUCUUCACUUCGUUCCUUUAAUUUGGAAGUAUGUGAUUAAGAACCCUAAUUGUGAGUGGGAUCAAAUACCCAAUUUGCCCUCAGCUGCAUACUCACUCCUGAAGUCAAAGUUCACAACUUUCACUUCUACUCUUCACUCUGUUAUUGAAUCCAGUGAUGGGGUCACCACCAAACUGCUUAUUAAGCUUCAGAAUGGAGCAUUUGUGGAGGCCGUUAUUAUGAGGUAUGACACUCGUUUGGGAAAAUAUGGUGGCAAACCCCGUCCAGGUGGCCCAAGGUCAACUUUGUGCAUAUCAUCCCAGGUUGGUUGUAAAAUGGGUUGCAAGUUUUGCGCAACUGGAAGCAUGGGAUUCAAAAACAAUCUAUCAUCGGGAGAAAUUGUUGAACAAUUAGUCCAUGCCACUCAAUUAUCCCAAAUACGGAAUGUUGUUUUCAUGGGAAUGGGAGAACCAUUGAAUAAUUAUACUGCCUUGGUGGAAGCAAUUCGUGUUAUGCUGGGAUCUCCAUUUCAACUGUCACCAAAGAAAAUUACUGUGUCAACGGUUGGGGUCAUCCAUGCUAUUAACAAGCUUCAGAGAGAUCUUCCUGGUUUGAACUUGGCAGUAUCAUUGCAUGCACCAGUUCAAGAUAUUCGCUGCCAUAUAAUGCCUGCAGCUCGGGCUUUUCCUUUAGAAAAACUUAUGGAUGCUCUACAAGUAUAUCAAAAAAAUAGCCAGCAGAAAAUUUUUAUUGAGUACAUAAUGCUUGAUGGUGUAAAUGAUGAAGAGCAACAUGCCCACCAGCUCGGCAAAUUGCUAGAGGCAUUUGAAGUGGUUGUGAACUUGAUACCUUUCAAUCCAAUUGGUAGUUUGAGUCAAUUCCGAACCAGUGGUGAGGAGAAAGUAUCAAGAUUCCAGAUAAUUCUUAGGGGUGUCUACAAGAUUCGUACAACAGUUCGUAAGCAAAUGGGUCAGGACAUAAGCGGUGCCUGUGGUCAGCUGGUAGUCAAUUUACCUGAUAAGAAGUCCACCGAGAAUAUGGGGGUGCUAACUGAUAUUGAAGAUCUUCGUCUUUGAUGGAUCAAUUUAUUCAGUGUAGUAUUUUUUUAUCUGUUAACACUUCCAGGAAGGUGAUUGAUUAUAGCUGUAAAUAUCAAGUGUGUUUUGCCAAA